CUCGAGCUGAUGGGAGGGGGAUGGCUGUGAGCCAGUGGACGACGCGCUGAUCGCCUCUUGCUUGCUUGCUCUUCACUCGCACUGACGCCAGCUGAGGGGACGCAGAGAUGAGCGCCAGACCGGCAGCAGCACGUCUUGAGGCGCUCUGGAAGCUGCAAUCAGAGAUCUUUCAGACAAACUACAAUCCGCUCCGGCUACGAACAGGCUCAAAGAUCCUGAAGCGCGGCCUGCGUGGACCGGCGAUGGUGCAGUACUAUCCUGCCCAGUUCAGCUUGUCCUACUUCCAACGCAAAUUCCCGGAACUCGAGUUGGUCGAUCUCCACGAGCAGACGAGGUUGGAUGAUCUAGCAGCCUUGAAGGCGAGAGGCAAGGGCCAGGUGAAGAAGGGUCAAGGGAAGAAGAGUCAGAUGGGCAAGAAGAAAUGAGUAGCUCUCCGAGGUGUUGUUGCAGCAGUUGUCGCCAAUGUAGAGUACAGCCACAGCAUUGCAUCCACAGCGAUCGUACAACACGCAACAUCAUAUCGCCUGCAGCAUGCUGCCGCUAUAGCUUGUCCCAGAUAGCUUGUGCCUGCUCAUAAUCAGACGACAUCCCGCGCGUGUUCAGGUUGAGCUCGUGCGUCUGCCGUGUCCGGUC